AUGCCUUCUUGGUCCUCUUUUUGUCGACAGAAGCAUGAUGUCUUUCUAAGUUUUAGAGGGGAGGAUACCCGCUUGAAUUUUACGGACCAUCUAUAUGCUGCAUUAAUUCAGUGCGGAAUUUCCACCUUUAGAGAUGACAAAGAUCUUGAGAAAGGCAUGUCCAUUCGCAAACAACUCGGCAAAGCAAUUGAGGGAUCAAAGGUUUGGGUUGUCAUCGUUUCACCGAACUAUGCUUCUUCAAAAUGGUGUUUGAAUGAGCUUUUGAAGAUUCUUGAAUGCAGAAAAGCAUCUAAAGUGGGAAAGAAGAACGAAACUUUGAUGAAGCCAUUUGAAGAAUAUGAAGAACAAACUCAUACUCUAUUGAAUGGAGACAAAACACAUAAGGGGAAGGCUAGUUUGAGGAACAAGGAAAACAUCACUAAUCAUAAUAAAAAGGAAAUGGGUGAGUUCAGAUUUGGCGUUAACUAUGGCGGAAAGUGGGUUGGUUCUGUUUACAUAGGUGGUGAGACAAAAGAAAUAGUGGUUUCAGAAGACAUUACUUAUAAUGAGCUUCUAGAUCAACUGUAUCAUAUUGUUGGAGUGCAUCCAAAUGAAAAUGAGAUCAAGAUCAGUACGAUCGAUAAUCAAAAUCACCGGCUUAUCCUGUGGAGAUAA